CCUAUGUAAAACCGAUUGUUCGCGCCAAGACAGUUAAUGCUGGUGAUAGCAACGUUAUAUUGGGCGUCAAAAAAUUUAACGGAAGUGAAAAUGACUUACGAUGGGCGAAGGACGGAACUUUAGAAAAUAAAUGGGACGGUUUGAAGAAGAUUAUAUUCGACACGAUUACCGUAGCUGAUGCUGGGAUUUAUGAAUGUUUUGAAUAUGACAGAUGGGAAGAACGAAAACACGCUUUUAUGCAGCUGAUUGUAAGAGAAUGUCCACAUAAUAAAUGGUCUCCGCCUCAUUGCAACAUGAGCUGCGAUGUGUGCUACAAUGGAGGGGUGUGUGAUACAUACAUCGGGACCUGUAUAUGCCCUUCGGGAUUUGAUGGAAGUAAUUGCGAAAUACCUACUGGUGGCAAUACAUUUGGACGCGACGGUGGAACCCAAUGCACAACUGGUAAUAAUGAAGGAUGCGAAGGGAAACUGAUUUGCCCACCAGCGCCACAGGGUUGUGCCUGCCACGCCGGCUGGAAAGGAUUUCGUUGUAAAUGGAAAUGUAAAAAUGGCAAGUAUGGCGCUGACUGUCUACAAGUUUGUCAUUGUGACAACUGUGAUCGUUUCAUUGGCUGUGAUGUGAACGCAACAUGUCGCCAUGGCUACAGUGGCCCAAGAUGUUUAGGAACAAGCUUCCAAAGACCGCUAACAUUUUUUUGUCAUGCAUAA